AUGAACCAUGUAUCCGAUAGUGAAUUGAUAUCGUUUUGUCUUGAUGGACCACCCGGCCGCAUCAUUGGAGGCAGGGACGGCGGUGCACGCGUCGUCAGGGUAUCCGAAGAUACAGCGAUCAAGUUUGGUAUCGGUAUCUCGGAAUAUGGAUUCCUCAAUCACCAAAGAGCAUAUGAUCUCGUCGACCAGACCCAUAUGCAAAUCCCACGUGCUUACCGAUUUUUCACCGACAACUUGGGCCGUGGAUACAUCGUGAUGGAGUACGUCGAAGGAAAUGUGAUAGAUCCGCUGGACGAUCCCGUCCUUAUCAAAAGAGUCAGCAACGUGCUAAACUAUCUGCAUACAAUUCGAGGCACCAAACCCGGAAGUCUCAGCGGCGGACCCUGUCGUGGUCUUCUUUGGCCUGACAAUGAAAGCGUGAGGUUCGAAAGCAAAGAACAACUGGAGUCGUGGCUCAACAGUCGACUCUCCCCGGAAGAUGGAAGCGUAUCGCUGGGAGACGAUAAUCUAAUUCUCUGCCAUCUAGACGUUACGCCGCGGAAUAUCAUCUGGAAACCUGACGGCUCUAUCUGCUUGCUAGGAUGGGCUUCUGCGGGCUUUUAUCCACGGUUGUUUGAGUUCUGGGCCCAGUGGGUUGUUGAUGGGAAGGAGAGUCUAUUUAAUAAGCUUUUGCUUAAUUUGAUGAAGCCUCUUUCGUGUGAUGAAAGGCUACAACAAUGGCCACUGUGCCGGGCCUGGCAAGCUAAUCAGGAAGGUUCUAUGUGA